AUGAUUUACCGUCCUGUUUCUUUGUGUACCUUUAUUCGUAAUGCAUCAUUGCCAAUUAAUACAUCCCUUCAAUCAUGCAUUUGGGAAUGUGUCUAUGAAGAUAGAUGUCAAACGGCUGUUUAUUUCAAUGAUGAAAACGUUUGUUCGAUGUUUACCGAAUCAUGCAAUCCAAAUAGCAUACAAUCAUCUGGAAAUACUCGAGCAACUGUCAUAUGUUAUGGGAAAAAUCAAGGAUCUACAACCAUUUGUUCAUCUUCGAUAUCACCAAAUCAAGCACAAACAGCAACAACAACAACAGAAUUAACAACAGUACCGGCAGCAACAACAGUAAUGAUGACAGCAAUAGCAACAUCGACUAGCACCUUGUGUCCAAUUGUUAACUGUUCCGUUUUUCCAUCUUUUCAAAAUUUACCAGGUAAGGUUCAGGUAGAAUCUCUCAAUUUCAGUUGUAGUUCAUCACUUGCCGAUUUUUCUCUUAUUCAAAUGGUACAAUGUAACCAUGGCGAAACAUAUCAGAACCAAGGUCAAACUUUCUCGUCUAGAGUGAUGAACAUGAGUUUUGUGCAAAAUCCAUCAAACAUCAUUUUCACUUGGUAUUCUUUGCCGGGUCAAAUAGUAGAUAUACAAGGCUUUCCAUACCAGACCCAAGGACAAUUUAAAUUUCAAGGAGGUGGCUCCGCUCGUAUAACAACGAAUGAUAUAUGGUUCAUGAAAGUUCGAUCUAUUUGCGGCAGCAUAUCCAAUUAUUCUGGCACGUUUUGA